AUGGCGUCGCCUGACGCGCCAUGGUUGACGGGGGCAUGGUCGACGACCGCGCUUACCCUCUGCAUGGCCUCACACGAGCGGCUCGGCGAGAGGUCUCCCCUCCGGCUGGUGGCGUCGCACGCCGAUCUCCUCCGCUGCAUCAUGCGCUUCAUAGAGCUGAUCGUGCCGGACGACGCGCCCUCGCUGGCCGUAGCCAUCGCGCGUGCCGCGCCGGGGCAGCGCAUCCUGCUGCGCCGGGGCGAGCACCACAUCGACUGCGGCGCCGCGCUGCAGCCGCUGAGCGCUCUGCCGCUCGCCAUCCGAGGCGAGGUGGGCGCGGUCGUUCGAGGCACGCUCGUGCUCGGCGCCGGCGGCGGCUCCAUCCACGGCGUGCGCUUCGACGACGCCGGCGGCAGCUGCCUGCGGCGACUGCCUGCGGCGUGCUACGCGUUGGUACUGCGGAACAAGGCGCCGCGGGCGGGCGGGUGCCGCAUCCGGCGCGUGAAGCGGUUGUGGGUGGACGGCGACCGGCCGCGCGUGCACGACGAGGCGGCCGCCGGCCUGCGCAGCCUGCACGCCGCGCAGAGAGAGGUGCGCGGCGACGGCGAGAGCACGACGUCGGCGAGCUCGCUCGAGGAGCAGGGCUACGCCAACAUCGAGGCGCUCAUGGAGGAGCUCGACGACAUGGCGCUCUCACAGGCAGCCGCCGGCUCCAAUGCGGUCCAGAGCAGCUGA